AUUUCAAAAUUCAGUAGGAGAAAGUCAGAGAGAGAUCAGAAGUGAGAAAUUAAGGAGAAAAGAAAGAAGAAAUAAGAGGAUUUCGUGAGGAAAUAAACCGAAUACGACAUCGUGAGAUCUUCAUACACGCACACACACACAUACACACAGGGAUGAGUAACCGCUCCAUCGCGUGGUGGCUCAGACAGAUCGGCCUUCCGCAGUACACACAGGCCCUGGAGAGAGAGUAUUAUGGGCUGGAGGGUCUUGCGAUGGUUACUGAUGUUGACCUGAUGUCGAUGGGUGUUGAAGAUGCUGAUCACAGAGUGACCAUCCUAACUAAUCUCCAAAAACAACAACAGAGCUUACAGCCAGGCCCACCCAAUGACCAAUUUCUGCCCUCAUCACUGACCCACACUGAGCGUUUCCAGGCCAGCGGAAAGAAAGUUAGCAGGAAGUUCUCUCUCAGUUCAUCUGACCUGUUUCGCCAGAGCAUCGUUCCACGCUUCAGUCGCCGUGACAGCCGCACCCUCUCUAGCUCCUGCUCCAGUCUCCACCCACUCGAUGAGCGGUCUCACACCAUCUGCAUUAAACCCAAACACAGCAAGAGGAAGAGUGUCGGAAUCUUCAUCGCUCAGGUGUUUUCGAACCGUAAGGACAUGGACUCUCUGAAGAAAGAACUGGAAGAGGAGCUCAAACUUAGCACUGACGAUAUCAGGAGUCAUGCCUGGUAUCACGGGCAGCUACAGAGAGAGGCAACAGAGGAGCUGUUGAAAAAUGACGGGGAUUUCUUGGUGCGAGACUCCAGCACAUGUGGUGGUGACUACGUCCUGAGCUGCAUGUGGAAAAAGCAGUGCAUGCACUUCAAAAUCAUCCGCGUUGUCCUCCGGCCAAAACAGGGUUACUCAAGGGAGCUGUUUCAGUUUGAGAGUGAUCAGUUCGACAAUAUUGCCGCCCUAGUGCGCUUCCACGUAGGUGGGCGUCGGCCAAUAUCGCAGGCUUCCGGAGCCGUCAUCACUCAUCCAGUCACGCGCACCCUUCCUCUGAGGGUCAUCAAUGAGCGCCAGGCAGUGAGGUCAUCAAGCACGAGCUCUGCAGCAACACCUCAUUGGUCAGAAGAGAAGGGCAAGAGGCGGAGCUUGAGCUCCACACAUAUGGACAUGCAACAGGCCAACAGCUACAACCUGCUUAGGAGUGGCAGUCAACCUGCUAAUCUAGAGACAGUAGGAAAACCAUUACUACAGUCAGCACAAUCAGAUAGCAACCUUCGCCCAGCUGAACCCCAGAGCACUCCAGCACAGGAUCCUCUCUCCCCGGUGUUCCGUACAGGCAGCGAUCCUUUGCUCAGUCCUGGCUCCACCCACUCACACAAUUCCAGCCAAUUAGCAACAGGAGGCUGCACGCUCCGUGGUUCUGAUGGACAGCUGCAUUCUCGGGCUCCGCCCAAACCGAUCAGAAUUUCCACCCUGUUUCCAGAAAAAUCGCCAACCAUACCACAGAUCAAGAUCAACCCUGCCUCCCUCUAUGAUGAACUGGUGCCUCAGAUCCCUCAGUCAAUGCUGCCCAAAGGUCCAACAGCUCGUCUCCGUGCUCAGGAGAAAUGGAGCAGCCGGGCGCGUAUCACCGAGACCAGCUUUGUUUUUCUUGAGGCACAGAGGGCUGAGGAAGAGAAAGAGGUAGAGGUGGAGAAGGAGGAGCGAGACAGAUUAACGAAGGUAGUGAGAAACGGAGACAGCUGGCGAUUCCUCCGUCCUGAGACAGAGAUGACCUCGUCCUUUCGCCUGGAUGCAUUUCGCUCGCUGCUGCUGCCCGACAACAACCGGCCGCUGGAGCAGAGUGUGCUACACUCUCUGAAAGAGCUGCUCUCUCGCACCGACGCUAACACCACUGCUCUGCACCUGCUCAAUGUGGACUGCCAGGUGGCACGUGUGACGGGUGUGACGGAGGAGCAAAAGAGGAUGAUGGGAGUGAACUCAGGACUGGAGCUCAUCACACUGCCACAUGGGAGCCAGCUCAGACAGGACCUGCUGGAGAGACAUCACCUCUUAGCACUGGGCGUGGCUUUGGACGUGCUGGGCUGCACGGGCUCGGUCAAUCAGAGAGCGCUGGUGCUCCAUAAAGUGAUCCAGCUGGCUCAGGCUCUACGCUGUACUACCCACGACCUCUACGCCUUCAGCGCUGUCAUGAAGGCCCUUGAGCUGCCGCAGAUGAUCCGGUUGGAGAAGACAUGGCGAGAGUUGAGGAAGACCCACACAGAGAGUGCUGUGAUGUAUGAGAAAACCCUGAAGCCCUUCAUGAGGGCACUCAAUGAGGGUGAUGAGUCGGUAGUGUCUGGUCCCCUGUCCCUUCCCCACAUGGUGCCGUUGUUAAAGCUGAUGGAGGGAGAGGAUGGAGUGGAGAACAGCGAGAGAGGCUGCCAGCUCCUCUACAACAUCCUACAGUCCUCACGCCACACUGCUAAUCACGCUAACGACUACCAAGAACACGCGCACACACUGCUAUCAGCAGGUUGGGAGCCAAUCCCGGAGCUGCUGGAGGUCUUCCACACUGAGUUUGCUCUGCGUCUGUUCUGGGGUCACGCAGGGGCCGAGGCAGGCAGAAAGGAACGUUAUGAAAAAUUCGACAAGAUCCUCACCAUCCUCUCCAACAAACUGGAGCCUGCUCAGACCUCCGAACUCUGACCUUUCCAACCGAAGUGAAAGGAAGCAGGAAGUCAUGCCCAAGACAAUUUACUCUGAUUGGAUGAAAGCUGUGGAAAGCUUUCCUCUGGAAUUUUUUUUCUCUACUCAGAUAUCAUUUCAGUUUAUUUCUGAUUGGAUGGAGUCAGGGUAAAGCUUUUCUCCAUUUGGAUGGGAUCUGGUUUGAAUUUUUUUAUUAUAAUUUUUUAAAAAAAUUUUAAAUCUCUUAAUCGCUGCAGUUUGUGAAAAGCUUUUUUCUGAUUGGACGAGAUUCGUGGAUGAAGUAUGAAGUAUAUCUGCUGUUUGCUUUCGGGUCAAAAUGAAAACAGGAAAAACAGACAAAACAUGAUAUAAAAAAAACUAUAGAUGAGAAGAGCUUCAGACAUUUCAGACUUGGCAAAGAGAAAUGUUUAUUUUUGCAUGAAUCCAUCGUCCACUUCUGUGUGUGUCCUAAACCAUGUCGGCCGUGGUGCCUCCCUGUUCAUGUGAAUGUUUUCUUCCUUUCGCAAACACUGGAAAUGAUACAUUUCCUUUUAUAAUUAAAAAAACUAAACUUUUAAUAUAUUAUACAAGCAUACUGAAUUGAAUCGAAACACAUAAAUACCCACUUUGACCUUCUCAGACAGAAAGCAGUGUUACGCCACGGCCAGCAGAGGGCACUGCGGUACGGCCGCUGACUGGUCACGUGACUCUUUUGUUUCCGUUCACUUCCCGCUUGGACACACUUAAGUCUCUGAUUUGCCCCAGGUGUUAAUGUUUUAGUUUAAUUAGGUUUGUUAGUUAAACCCCCCAGUGUGACUGCGCACAUCGCGCAGUAUUAUAGUUGAUUAGUUUGUCAAAUGAGGGAAGUAUACGGGUAUGUGCUAAUGUGUAGUUUGCUAGCGGUCGUAGCUAGGGGACCAGAGUGAGUAUAGUCCGUAGAGACCGCGCUCCCUGUGUUUGUUUACCUGUUUAUUUGUUUCUGGUUUACGUAAUAAAGACUGUGACCUGCA